UUUGAUUUCCCCUUGUUUCCCUGUAACGACAUCGUGGACAUCUCAACCGCCGACCUCAUGAACUCUGUUGAGCCAUUUAGUGAAGUUUUUCUUCCGUGGUUAGACUAUAGAGACAGUGAAAACCGGCCAAAUAUGGAGGAUUUACGGCUAAAAAUUUUGAGGAAAGGUCAACAUUCUACAAACAAAGUCAGUCUCAACGAAUUUCACUCACCGAGCCAUGCAAAGAAACCGAAGUCCAAGGAAUUGAAAGUAGAACAGCCCAGAGAUGAUGAAAUGGACCUGGCACCCGGUAAUCAAAAAGAAAGUUGUUCCAAAGGAGCUCGAAAGGAGCGGUAUACCCAGCAACGCAUCGCCCACAAACCUUUCGUUACAACGCAGGAAACAGAUGAAUCAACACUGAAACAGAAAAGGCUCAAUUCUACCAGAUACAAGCCUUUAGAUUUUGAGGUAAAAGAUACUCGAAAACAAUUUAAAAAGGUAAAUCCUGAGUCACCUUACACACUACAGGGCUCAUUUGGUGCUGUUAGUCGUGCUGACACAUUUUCGGUGGAUGAAACAGAAUUAAACGACUCACUUGGGUUUUUGACGGAUCUCUGCGAAGUUACACCACUUGCAGAUGAAUUUAAUACGGUUGAGAAAGAUGUCGAACGUUUGCUAGAUAACUUGGAUGCCAAAACGAGAAGCCUUGUUGACCUAAAAAGGGAACAUUCAAGUGCACUGGAAAACGUUUUAAACCUUAAACUGGUGGAUUCUGAGUCUACAGAGAGUAAAGUUUCACUUUGCAAUAACAAUGGUCUUAUCGACUCUAUAAGUGUAGAGAUUAAGCUUAACAAGGAGAAGUUUAUGGACGAAAUCGAAAAAGGAAAUAGUUUGCACGUGCCUCAAAUUCGUGAAAAAGAAAAAGCGUCGGACUCCGUUUCAAAUCCAGCGGUUGAAAAAGGUGUAAGUGUGACUAAAAAGCAAAAAUUUGUACCAGAACAACACACUCAAGUCAAGCUUACUCAACGUACAUACCAGCAGGACGAUAAAACUGACAAGGAAAAUAUCGAGGGAAAGAAUAACUACGGAUCAGAAUUUACUAAGAAAAAAAGGAUCGCCACAGACCAAUGGAUUAGUAACAUUGUUAAAGGCAUCGGCGCUGUAGCAAAAAUAAAUAUGCCAAGAACAAAUGGCCCAAAGGAGAGCGAAAAUGUAACAAGGAAAAAGGUCGGGCAAGUUCAAGAAAUGGAUUCGAAAGAUUUUUUCCCAGGCUGGUACCUUCCUGAAUCUGUUGAGUUUUUAUCUUCUCUGAACAAAAGGGUCAUUGACAAUGGCAAAACAUGCAGGGAUGGUUCUCAUAUCGCUCCAAACUACUGUGAAAGAAGAGUAAUUGUUCAGUCAGGGAGCGACAGCACAGGAACCAAAAAGCCCAUCAAAACAAUUCCUUUCGGUCAUAAAAGGCAGCAAAGAAAAGCCGAAAGAGAUGUUAGACUUGCCUUAUGGGACGAAAAGAACGCGCUUUUGCGAGAAAAAAACAGCGAUCCAAUCAAAACCAAGAAAAUUGAUGAUAGCCUUUACGGAAAUACGGGAGAUGGCUUCAGAAAGGAGGAAGAAUAUAAGUUGAGCGAGAGAAGGAAAUAUCCGAAGAGAAUCGCUAACUUCAGAGAGCAAAAAGAGACGUCAUUAGAGGAUGAAAAACAGUUGGAUUCCUUCUUGGACAUGUAUAAAUCGACUCAAGACGUGUUGCGUAAACAGGAAGAGCAGGCAAUGGCCGUCAAGAAAUGUAGGAACAAAGUGGAGUGUAUGACUGAAGAAAUCGAAACGUUACAGAGAAUUACUAAAGAGGAUGCUACAUCGAAACAAGGCACAAAGAUGGUGUCUGGGAAAUCGACGUCGUUAAUUUAGCAGUGGCCAAGAAGAACGUUGAAAGACUGUUAAUUCACAUAUUUAUUUGAGCGAUAAUCAAGAAACUCUUUCAUGGAUCUACACAGUAUACCUCUCAACUGAAGCCUUCGAUCCAUUGUCAGAUUUUAAACAAAAAAGUUUUGAUUUUAUAAAUAAAUCA